AAAAAAACAUGUUCCGGUAAGAGACGAAGAAAUGGCGAGAUAGGUCCUGGGCGAAGAUUUCGCCAAAUCUAAACAUUGUUAUGGUUAUCAAACGAUGAGUUCAGCAGCUCAAGUAUUGAGACAAGCAGAUGCACUGAAAGCAAGUAUAUCAGAUUCCUCAAAAGGUGUGUCCGAGACAUGGGUUGUAAGACAAAGGUUGGAGGAUCUGUACAAAAAACUACUUCUCAUGGAUUUGGAGUAUGCUCUGGAUAAAAAAGUCGAGCAGGAUUUAUGGAACCAUGCAUUCAAAAAUCACAUCAACAUCUUACAGACUCAGACAAAGGACCGACAGAAUGUAAAAAGAGGUGAAACUCACGCCACUCUCAACCUCUUCCUUGAAACAGCCAGUGGAUUUUACUUGCAGUUAAUACAACUGAUUUGUACUACUUUUAAGUUGGAUUUGCCAUUUAGAAGAAAAUCAUCAUGUUUUGGGAUAAUGAAAGAAAAAACUACUCUGAGGGUGAAUAUUGUAACUCCGAAGAAGAGCUCUUGUUUGUACGUCUGCCAAUACUGUUUAGUUCAUCUUGGGGAUAUAGCACGCUACAGACAACAAAUAGAACAAGCCCAGACUUUCUACUGGCAUGCUGCUAAUCUUGUGCCAUUCAAUGGUCAACCAUACAAUCAGCUAGCUAUUGUAGAGGCUGCUCGAGGAAACAAACUGACAACGGUGUUCUACUACAUCCGCAGUUUGGCUGUUCGGCACCCGUUUCCUGCUGCAGCCACCAACCUGGAAAAACUGUAUGCAAAACUUACCAAAGACAUUCCAGAAUUGAAAGGAAAGCUGUCUGUGAGUGAAAUGAUCACAUCGUUUCUUCAACUGCAUGCAUGUAUCCAUCUGUGCACUGAACUUGACAGAGCAGCAGCAUUGAGUUGUAAGCUACUGGCAGCCUUACCAGCUCAUGUAACAUCCCAAAGUUUCCCGUCUCAUAUCCUGGUACAAAUUGUGGCCAUAAAUAUAUUUUCCAUGCACCAUGCCCAGCGUGUGACCCAGUAUCAGGACAAUGAGGAAACUUCUGACACCUUCAAUGAAGAUCUUGGCAGCGAUGAACUCCGAUCUUUUUCCCUCAUGUUCAGCUUCACAAUUGGCAUUUUGGACUUGCUGUUACAAAACACUCCUAAACAGGAGCAGAAACUCAAGGAGUUUUUCACUUUGCCAGCAGUAAAGCUCUUGUUGGAUUGGUUCAAAUUAAAUCCUGUACACCUGCAAAAUUCCAUCCUAAAGUCUUCAAGUGUUAUGACAAAUUUGAGUAAGGUAUUGAACAACAUCAAGCUACCCGAUAGUGAAGGAAGUCCAAAUAUUUCCAAAUAUGAAGACCUGCCAUUGCCAGAGGAUACAGAAUUGAGGUGUUUCCAGUAUCUGGAGAAAGCACACAGUUCCUACAGCUACAGUAGAUUGCCUACAGAGGGUCUGCCAUCUGAAGUAGAGUCACUGCUUCGAUGUUCGAGAAUUUAUUCCCAUGGCAAGUGGUUAGCAGCGGAGACAGACAGUUUGAAUGCUCAACCAGGCAAGUCUGGAAGACUACAGUUUACUGCUCCACCAAUUCAGAAAGUAGCAACAGACAGUCAAGUGCCAUUUGUAGAAAAGAAACCUUUGCGUCAAAAUAUUGCCAUUCAGGCAAUAAUUCAAAAGAAGGGCCAACAGCAAGUUGUUCCAACUAAAAUACAAGAAAGAGUUAAACCACAUGUUGUAAGUUCAGAACCCGCAAAAACAACUCUUGCAACUGCACCUGUAGGCCCCAACUCUCCAAAAUAUCUUCUAGGAGUACCAACAACAGAACCAUUGUUCAUGAAAGGUACAAGCAGUAGUGUUACAGGAAGCUCCAGACCAGGAGUUCAGAGUUCUUCAAGAUUAUCCAUCACACAACAGCCACCUAGACUGCAGAAACAGUUAAUGGCACAACAACAGGGGUCAUCCCAGCCAACCUUAUGGCAGGAAAAUUCCACACCACCACAGAUACUGAGUAAACCAGUGUCAGCUACUCAACAACAACAGCAAAAGUUACUUUGGCCAUAUUCUCUUCAACAACAGCAAGAGCAAAGUCCAUUAAAUUCAGAUGGCAACACUUCCACACAACCAACCCAGGAUGAUGGUAGUCCUGGUAAAGUAGGGCCACAACCAUCUCAGCAGACUACAGAAGGUCAAAGGUCACAGCUCCUUGAAAAGCAGACACAGAAUCCUUAUAAUAUGAACAUAACAUCAGAUUUCAGGAUGGCUUCUAGGUUUCCUGUUACAUCUACACCACCUUCAAUGACAUCUCAGAAUUCAUCAAUGAAUGCUAGGAAUCUUGUUCCCAACCAAAACACUACACUACCAGGAAAUGCUUCGGCCAAUGCAAUGUUUAGGUUCCCUCCCCCUCCUUUGCCACCAAAUAGCAAGCAGUUCUCCUCAGUGCCAUUUGAUGUCCCCCCUCCCCCUCUGCCACAGACUAUGAACAUGGCAAACUCAGAAACUGAAGGAAGACCUGGUUUCUCUCUUCAACUCUCUGGUCGCCAGCAGCCAGAAAAGAAUCAGCAGAAUCCUCUAACAGAAAAUGCCUUUCAGCAGAAUCCCUCACUUGUGAAUCCUCAAAGAGCUCCCCAAGUGGCCAAUUACCCCAAAAACCCAAAUCAGCAACACCCACAGAAUAGUCCACUAUCGGGAAAUAUUGGAAGUCAAAUGCAAGGAGGUAUCAGAAAUAUGUACCAUAAUCCUCCACCAACAAGCUUUCAGCAAAUGGCUCCAGGGAAUGAGAGACCACACUUUGGGGGUCCUACAAAUUUUGGAGGUCCAAAACCUCAGGCUGUGCCAUCCCAAUUACAGAACACUGCUUCCCAGUUUCACCUGUUGAACCAAUUACUAGGUAUGAAUGCUGGUAUGGGAAUGAUGAAUGUGAGACCUAUGAACAUGCAGGGCUCAAUGGAACAGCCAGGAAAAAAGGAGGAUUUUCCCUUCGUUCCUCCAGAAUUGCUGGGAGCACUUUCACAGCUGGCUAUUCAGCCACCUAACAUGAGUAAAGAAAGCUUGAUGAUGCAAAACAGGAUGGGGGCUGCAUUUCAAGGCCAUGCUGAGGGAACACCGAAGCCUGAUUCUGGAAACUUCCCAAACAGAAGUCCAAAGCCUGGGCCAGAAUUGGAGCCUCGUGCUACAAGAACAGUACCACAGCCCACCCAGCAAGGAACAUAUUCACUGUUCAGUAGUUCCCCUUGGUCUGUGCCACUGUCAACUGCUGAUAACAAAAGUAUGGGGUCAUCUCCUUUCUCUGAAGAGUCCAACAGCAUAAGAAAUUCCCCAAAGGCAGAAGCAGUGGACCCAAAGCUGCCACAAGAAAUUGAUAUGGGUCUGAGAUUUGGUCCCAAUGAGGAAGUGUGGCAUGACAAAACACAGAGAAUAGGUCCCCCGGCAGAACCUACAGCUGCCUCAGGACCAGGACCAUAUUUUCCUGGGCCAUUACAGUCUAUUUGGUCUUCUCCUGGUCCUUCUCCAUUGGAAAAACUUCUAGAAAUGCAGAAGCAACAGAGGACCACCGAUCCUCACUGAUGUGUACCACCAGCAACCAACUGGUCACCAAGGAGACACUUCAUACACACACCAUCUAGAAUAACCCAGCUAGACUUAUGCAAGCAGGAGUGAUAACUGCCUCUGUUGUCAGUAAUUGCAUAAUCUUUUAUUCUAUUGGUUCUGUGAGGGAAAUGCUGCUUAUGUACACAAUCAGUGGGUGAAGUUCACAGUAAACACCAUACAGGUGCACUGACAGUAUAUUUGAACAGUAUUGUUACAGCUUAAUGGCAUCAAAAGCAUGGCUAUUUCUGCAUUUCUUACAACUAGAAUUCACUAGUGGAUUUUUUAAACCAUUUUGUUGUGUAGGGGAUCAUGUGCCACCAGUGUGAGAUGCAUUGAAUUUGAUAGUGUAGUUGGUAGUGGACGUCCAUAUCAAACAACAGUGCAGAUAAUGUUGUACAUUUCAGAACUUUGUCGGAUUAUGAAAGCAUGCCUAUUUGUAAAACAUGAUGUGGAUCAUUAUUACAGCACAUUUUGUUUUAUGUUUGUUAGUGACUUUCAAUAUUUAUAAUUGUAGCAUGCAAAAUUGUGUGUUCUUUCCAAGUUGAUAUGGUAAUGGGAGCUUGAUUACUUCUUGUAAAAAAAAUUUGGUUGGCAUAAUGGCAAAGAUUUGUAUAUAAAUAGUGAAAAUGUUUUGUAAUUGAAAAAGGAAAACAGAAGGGGAAAGUGAGAGGAAUAUGUCUUUUUCUAUUAGAUAUACAAACAUGUACAUAGUAAUGCAAAAGGUAUUCAGUCAAUUUUGUUUUUCCCUAUACAUUUCACACAAACUUGACCUAUUUUCAAUGAUUGAAUGUAUAUUUCUUUAACUAUUUUGAUAAAAUUUAAAAUUCUCCACAAAUUCUUAUUAUGUAACAAAUUGCAUUCCGAUAUAUUCAUUUAAUACAAAUUCAAAAUAAGGUUUUAUUACAUCCUUUUAACCCGAAUAUCUGGCGCUGUAAAUUGCAGGUUUUUAAUGGAUCUGGUAUAUCCCGAUUUUGCCCGAGAUCUAUAGUUCUGUAACUGAUAGUUAAUAUGACAAAGCAAAAGUUUUCAUGACUAUCUACUUGAAUUAUGUGGCAAUGGUAAUAUGGCAGUGAAAUUUUAUAGCGUCUGAAAUUCUACCAGUUAUGAAAUACAAAUCAAAUGAUGUAUUAACAUAAUAUAAAACUAUGGGAAAUUUUACAUUUUGUGGUGAAAUAUAACAAGGAAAGGUGAUGAAACUAGAGAGAUUUAUAAAAAUAUUGUUUUGUAUGAAAUAUAUAAGAAAAAACAAAGUUGACUGAAAGCUUUUUGCAUGUCUUUGUAUAUACAUGUAUAUUGUUAACAAAGGUCACUAACUGACUGGAAUAUAAGUAAUUAUUAUGAUUUAAAAGAGUUGUCAAAUAUGCAGAAGAUGUUAUUUUUAUUGAAAUUGAAUGAUGAACAUAUGUUGCAUUACUAUGAAUCAAUUUGCAUUUCUUAACUGUUAUUUUAAAAAUAAAGGCACUGUGAUAUAAA